AUGGCUAAAGAAUCCUAUCCCGACAAGUCGGCCGCCCUCGAAUCCGCCACCGAGGACAAGGCUCAGGGGGAGUUGAUCAACGCAUCCGGUCAUCGCCAGGAAGUCGAACGGAAUUUCAGCUUGCUCAGUAUUUGCGCCGUCGCCGUCACGACCGGAAACACCUGGAUCGCUCAGGGAGGCAGUGUGACCACUGCUUUGAGUAAUGGAGGUCCUUCGGGUGUCAUUUAUGAAUUUAUUGCGGUUUCGGUUUGCUACUGGCUGGUUGCUGCAUCCAUUGCGGAACUGGCGUCGGGAAUGCCCUCGGCCAGUGGUGUCUACCACUGGGCUUCCAUCACGGCGGGAAAAUAUGGCCGUGUCUGUGGUUUCUUUGCGGGUUUCUGGAACUGUCUGGCGUGGAUCUUGGGUGCUGCGUCCAUGUCUGCCAUCUUGGGUCAGCAGACUGUCUCCAUGUACGCCCUCAUGCAUCCCGGCUUCGUCCCCCAGUCGUGGCACGUCUUCGUCAGCUUCAUCAUUUGCACCUGGUUGUGCUGCUGCAUCGUCCUCUUCAUGAACAAGUUCCUUCCGUAUGUCGGUAACCUUGGAAUGAUCCUCAUUCUGGGUGGUGUGUUUGUCACCAUUAUCGUCUGUGCUGUCAUGCCGCAUGUCAAUGAUCUCCCCUAUGCCUCCGACUCGGAUGUCUGGCGCACCUGGCAGAAUGACACCGGAUACUCCAGCAAUGGCUUCGUCUUUGUGGCUGGAAUGCUCAACGGCGCUUACAGUGUUGGCACCCCUGACUGCUCGUCCCAUCUUGCCGAGGAAAUCCCCAAACCCAGCAGAAACAUUCCCAAGGCCGUCCUGGCUCAGAUGGGAGUCGGAUUCAUCACUGGUAUCCUUUACAUGAUCGCCAUCUUCUACGCCAUCCGGGAUCUCGACGCAGUCAACACAAGUGUCUACGGCUUCCCUCUUGCCGAAAUCUACCGCCAGGCCACCGGAUCUAGAGGCGGAGCUGUCGGUUUGCUCAUCGUCGCCUUCUUGCCCACUGUCAUCACCUGUGCCGGUUGCUACAUCACCGCCGGCCGUACUCUCUGGACCAUCUCUCGUGACGGAGCGACUCCUUUCCCCAACUGGCUCGGACGCAUCAACAGCCGCAUGCACAACCCAUUCAACGCCACUCUCGUCUGCGGCGUCAUCAUCACCAUCCUGGCCUGUAUCUACGUCGGCUCCACCACCGCCUUCAACGCCUUCAUCGGCUGUUUCGUGCAGCUGUCCAGUCUUUCCUACUUCGCCGCUAUCCUCCCCCACGUCCUGACUCGUCGCUCGAGCUUCACCCCCGGCUUCUUUUUCAUGAAGGGUCCUAUCGGUUAUAUCGUCAACAUCCUCGCCUGCAUUUACAUCAUCGCAUUCGUCGUCAUCUUCUGCUUCCCUUUCGCCCUGCCCACCAAUGCUGCCGAUAUGAACUACGCUAGUUUGAUGACGGGAGGACUGUCCAUCUUCGUUGGUAUCUGGUGGCUCUUCCGCAUGGGUUCCUACGAGGGCCCUCAGAACAUUCCCCUGACCGACAGGGCUGUUCUGGACGACGCAAAAUAA